UUUUCAGUUUAAGAAGAUGGACGGAAGUUGUUUACAGUUCGAAGAAAACCCAAUUCAAGAUGCUAUUUCCAGAAUUCGCUUCGCCCCAGCAUCCAACAAUCUCCUUAUCUCUUCCUGGGAUACUAAUCUUAGAUUGUACGAUGUGGAUCGAUCUAGGUCAAUUUUUGAAGCUUCCGGGGAAGCUGCGCUGCUAGACUGUUGUUUCCAAGGGGAGUCAGCUGCUUUCAGUGCUGCUUCUGAUUGUUCCAUAACUAGGUACGAUUUGCAUUCAGGAAUGAGAGAAAACUUUGGAAAUCAUGAUGAUUUAGCAACUUGUGUUGAAUAUUCUAAUGAAACAGGUCAAGUUGUGACUGCAGGGUGGGACAAAAAGAUAAAAUGUUGGGAUUCAAGGUCAACAAAGACUCUUACUGCUGUAAAUACUGUUAAUACAGGGGUCAAAUCUAUAUCCCUAUGUGGAUUUGCUUCAAUGGUUGCUGUUGGGGAUUCAGUAAAUAUAUAUGACUUACGCAAAUUCAACAAAUCAUUUAAUAGCAAAUGUGUAGAAAUUCAAAUCGAGUGUGUUCGACCUUAUCUAGACCAAGGAUUUGCAGCUGGAUCAACUGAUGGACGUGUUGCAUUGAAGUAUUUUAAUCCAUCUGAUCAAAACAACGAUGGAUAUGCUUUUCGAUGUCAUCCAAAGGCAAAGAGAGCAAGGCAUAAUUUUGCAGCUGUGAAUGAUAUUGCAUUUAGCCCAUCGACUUAUGGCGAUUUUGUCACGGGUGAUAAUAAAGGUUAUGUCACAAUAUGGAAUGCUCAAAGUAAAAAGAGAGUUUAUGAGAUGCCAAAAUUUGAAAAUAGUAUUGCCUCUUUAUCAUAUAGCCAUGGAGGACAAUUUCUGGCUGUUGCUUCAAGUUACACUUACAGUGAAGAAAAUGAAUUGGAAAUGCCUCCAAGGAUAUACAUACAUGAAAUGGAUGACAAAUACAUUGCUUCCUUUUCAACCGGAACGAUUGUCCCCACACAUUGUUUUAACCAAUCAUUCAAAUUGAAAAGGAAUGCACUAAAGAAAUUAAAAAAGAAGAUUAAAAAGAGGGAGGGCAUCUUUUGUCUCAUUUUUGAAAAUAUGUCUGACGAAGAGCAUCAAUUCGAGUCUAAAGCCGAUGCAGGAGCAUCCAAAACUUUCCCUCAGCAAGCUGGUACUAUCAGGAAGAACGGUUACAUCGUUAUCAAGAAUCGUGCUUGCAAGGUUGUUGAAGUUUCAACCUCAAAGACUGGCAAGCACGGACACGCCAAGUGUCAUUUCGUUGCCAUUGAUAUCUUCAAUGGAAAGAAGCUUGAAGAUAUCGUUCCCUCUUCCCACAAUUGUGAUGUUCCACAUGUCAACCGUACUGACUACCAGCUCAUUGACAUUUCUGAAGAUGGAUUUGUGAGUCUGUUGACUGAAAAUGGUGGCACUAAGGAUGAUCUCAAGCUUCCAACCGAUGAUAGUCUGCUUACACAGAUUAAGGAUGGAUUUGCUGAAGGAAAGGAUCUUGUGGUGACAGUGAUGUCUGCGAUGGGAGAGGAGCAGAUCUGUGCUCUUAAGGAUAUUGGUCCCAAGUAAUUUUACCUUGUGUGGAUUGAGAGAGAUUUUAUAUGAAGAACUGCGUUUGCUAGAUUUGUGGUGAUGGUUAUUUAAGAAAAAAAAAACUUUAUUAGGUUUCUUUUUUCUAUUUUACAAAUUUUUGUUUUGUUUUUGGUUAUUGUUGAUGUGCUAAAAAAGUCUUGAAAUUUGGGCUUGGGGAGAGGAUGGGCAAUAUGUACGUACACUUUGUAUCUCGAUAUGUUUGGGAUGCGACUUGUGAACUUAUGGAGUGGUUAUUCUGUUUCUCUUUGUUUCA